AUGGUGGAGGACGAGGCCGGUGGGUUGACGGCUACGGGGUUGAUGGAGGCGGUGGACACGUCACCGGAGGGUUCGACGACGUUGACGGGUAUCCCGUCAGGACGAGUCGUUCGCGGUGGUGGACGGGGCACGUUUGAGGAGUUCCAGGAGUUCGAGGUUGCGGACGGUGCAAAGGCGACACCCUGGUUGGUUGCGGAGGCCACGGAGAUGCUGCCGGAAGAGACGUUGAGCACAGCGCAUUCACCCACGAAGAAGAGCGAGUCGCGUGCGGAUGCGCUGCUCAGUGACGUCCAGGACCGACUGCGGCACCGCGGCCGUUCGCUUGAACGUAGCACACGUUCUGCGGCGGCGGCGGCGGCAGGGCACACACGACCGGACGGGGCGAUGUCGGGUCAAAUAUCGGGUCAAGUCUUGGGCGCGAACGGGACAACUUCAGGGGCGACUUCAGACCGACGAGCAUUGUUGAAGAGCGAGAUCGAGCAAUUGCGGGCACAGGUUCAGGUGUUGCGGGGCCAAGUGCAGGAGGUGGGCACGGAGUUGGGCGUGAGGACCGUUUUAUAA